AUGGAAGACUACGAGCUGGACAGGUGGCCCGCCCUGAGGGAGCGCUUGUGCUCAGAUGGCUUCUCAUUUCCCGAGUACCACAUCAGAUCAUCUCAUCUGAGAAGGAUCCACAGAGCUACCCUCUGUGGUAGGCUGAAGAAGGUGGACUACCUUCUGAUCAGGGGAAGUGACAUCAAUGAGAGAGACAAGGAGAAAAGGACUGCCCUACAUUUGGCCUGUGCCACUGGCCAACCGGGCAUGGUAUCUCUCCUGGUGUCCAGAAGUUGUGAGCUUAACCUCUGCGACCGUGAAUUCAGAACACCUCUGAUCAAGGCAGUUCAGCUGAGGCAGGAAGCUUGUGCAACUAUUCUGCUGAAAAAUGGUGCCAAUCCAAAUAUUAUGGAUUUAUAUGGAAGGACUGCUGUACACUAUGCUGUGUAUAAUGAAGAUACAUCCAUGAUAGAAAAACUUCUUUUUUUUGGUGCAGAUAUUGAAGAAUGCAGCAAGGUAUAG